AUGCGAAUAGAAGAAAGUCAUAAUAUGAUAGUGGAACAAGAUACCGAGUGUUUGAAGAUUAAACGGAACUUUAUGGAUAAUAGAAAUGACCCAGCAAUCAGCUCUUUUCUUCCGGUGAUUCAGGGAUUGAUGAGAUUUCUACCAUCGAACCGCAUUUCUGCUGACCAAGCACUUGGCUUGCUCCCAAAGCUCUAUGAUGAUAGCGAGUCGAGGCAAGUGCAAUCUGAAUAA